CAGCGAGGAAAAUACCACCAGAUGGCGGUUUAGGAUUGCUGCUCUAUAUCAAGGCGCGGUUCCGCUCGCACGGCCAAUUUUCAAUAUAAACAUACCAACUAUUUUCAAAGUAAAAUCGAUUGUAUGUUUGGGAAGGCGAUAAUCGAUUCGGCGAUGCCCGUUAAAGCUGAAGUGAGUUAAGCGUCAGCAAGUUGAGCACCGUCGAUCCAGAGGCCUCUCCUUCCUGUCCUUCCAGCUCCCCCGCCCUCCCCUCAGCCCCGUCAUUCUGUACCUUGCUCUUCACACCUCAAGUCCGCUCAUUCCUGAAGACACACAGGUCAACUACCGACCAGGAUGAUCACCUCGGAGCUUCCUGUCCUCCAGGACUCCUCCAAUGAGUCUGGGGCAACAGAUGCCGUGGGUUUGAGUCUGAACAUGAACGAGAUGGAAGAUCCGGAGGUGAAGGGAAAGAAGAAAAGAGGCAGGCCUGGAAAACAGGCGCAGGCGUCCAAUAAGAAGCCACGGAAGUCGCCAACAGACAAAGCCAUGGGUAUGGUCAGAGGGCGGGGCAAAGCGAACGGUGUGGCUCAGCAGAAUGGAAAUGGCGGAGACCCCGUCACUCUGUUUGAAGUGGUCAAAGUGGGCAAGAGUGCAAUGCAGUCUGUGGUUGACGAGUGGAUCGAGUCGUACAAACAAGACCGAGACUUGGCUCUGCUGGAUCUGAUCAAUUUUUUCAUCCAGUGCUCCGGCUGCAAAGGCACUGUGAGGAUAGAGAUGUUCAGGAACAUGCAGAAUGCAGAGAUCAUCCGUAAGAUGACAGAGGAGUUUGAUGAGGACAGUGGAGAUUACCCUCUCACCAUGCCAGGCCCAAUGUGGAAGAAGUUCCGCUACAACUUCUGCGAGUUCAUCUGUGUUUUGAUCCGCCAGUGUCAGUACAGCAUCAUUUAUGACGAGUACAUGAUGGACACAGUGAUCUCCCUCCUCACCGGACUGUCGGACUCUCAAGUGCGAGCCUUCAGGCAUACGUCCACGUUAGCGGCAAUGAAGCUGAUGACGGCGCUAGUUAACGUUGCGUUGAACCUCAGCAUUCACCAGGACAACACCCAGAGGCAGUAUGAGACCGAGAGGAACAAGAUGGUUGGCAAACGAGCCAAUGAGAAGCUGGAGCUGUUGCUACAGAAGAGGAAAGAGCUCCAGGAAAACCAAGAUGAAAUCGAGAACAUGAUGAACUCCAUCUUCAAGGGCAUCUUUGUGCAUCGCUACAGUUCCAUUUUGAAUUCUUUGACUCUGUUUUGGCAGGAUCGAAUUGUAUCGAUGACACUGGAUAAGGAGUAUGACGUAGCUGUAGAGGCCAUCAGGCUGGUUACACUCAUCCUGCAAGGCAGUGAAGAUGCUUUGUCAAAUGAAGACUGUGAGAACGUGUACCACCUGGUGUACUCCGCUCAUCGGCCGGUGGCUGUUGCUGCUGGAGAGUUCCUUCACAGGAAAUUGUUCAGUCGCCACGACCCCCAGGCGGAGGAGGCCCUGGCUAAGCGCAGAGGGAGGAGCAGUCCAAAUGGAAAUCUCAUCCGAAUGCUGGUGCUCUUCUUUCUGGAGAGUGAGCUCCACGAGCACGCUGCUUACCUGGUCGACUCGUUGUGGGAAAGUUCUCAGGAGCUGCUGAAGGACUGGGAGUGUAUGACAGAACUUCUGCUGGAGGAACCCGUUCAAGGAGAAGAGAUGUUAUCAGACAGGCAGGAGAGCGCGCUGAUCGAGCUGAUGGUGUGCACCAUCAGGCAGGCUGCAGAGGCUCACCCACCUGUAGGCAGAGGCACCGGCAAACGGGUGCUGACAGCAAAAGAGAGGAAGACUCAGAUAGAUGAUAAGAAUAAACUGACGGAGCACUUCAUCAUGGCUCUCCCCAUGUUAUUGUCCAAGUACCAGGCCGACGCAGAGAAGGUUGCCAAUCUGCUGCAGAUCCCGCAGUUCUUCGACCUGGACGUGUACAGCGCCGGGCGCAUGGAGAAGCACCUGGACGCCUUACUGAAGCAGAUCCGGCUCGUGGUGGAGAAACACAUCGAGACGGACGUCCUGGAGGCCUGCAGUAAAACCUACAGCAUCCUCUGCUCCGAGGAGUACACCAUCAUGAACCGCGUGGACAUCGCCCGCUCUCAGCUCGUUGACGAGAUGACCGAUCGGUUCGCACAUUCUGUGGAAGAGCUGCUGCAGGAGGGAGAGGAAGCAGAUGAUGAUGACAUCUACAAUGUUCUGUCUACGCUAAAACGACUCACAGCCUUCCAUAAUGCUCAUGACUUGACGCGGUGGGAUUUGUUUGGGAACUGUUACCGGCUGCUGAAGGCCGGGAUCGAGCAGGGCUCUAUGCCGGAGCAGAUUGCCGUCCAGGCCCUGCAGUGCUCCCACUACUCCAUCCUCUGGCAGCUGGUCAAGAUCACUGAGGGAGUUCCCAGCAAGGAUGACCUCGUCGCUCUCAGGAGGGUGGUCAAGUCUUUCCUGGCCGUGUGCCAGCAGUGCCUGUCUAACGUCAACACGCCGGUUAAAGAACAGGCGUUCAUGCUUCUCUGCGACCUGCUGAUGAUCUUCAGCCACCAGCUGGUCUCUGGAGGCAGGGAGGGCCUGCAGCCCCUCGUCUUCAACCCAGACGGCACUCUGCAGAACGAGCUGCUGAACUUCGUCCUGGACCACGUCUUUAUCGACCAGGACGAUGAGAACCAGAGCAUGGAAGGAGACGAGGAGGACGAAGCCAACAAGAUCGAGGCUCUCCACAAGAGAAGAAAUCUGCUUGCAGCUUUCUGCAAACUCAUCAUCUAUGACAUCGUCGACAUGCCUGCUGCUGCUGACAUCUUCAAACACUACAUGAAGUACUACAAUGAUUACGGUGACAUCAUUAAAGAAACUCUCAGUAAAACCAGACAGACGGACAAAAUCCUCUGUGCCAAGACGCUCAUCCUCAGUCUGCAGCAGCUGUUCAAUGAGCUGCUCCAGGAUCAGGGUCCCAACCUGGACCGAACGUCGUCCCACGUGAGUGGUAUCAAGGAGCUGGCUCGCCGCUUCGCCCUAACCUUCGGCCUUGAUCAGAUCAAAACCAGAGAAGCCGUCGCGACGCUGCACAAGGAUGGAAUAGAGUUUGCCUUUAAGUAUCAGAACCCAAGAGGACCAGAGUUUCCUCCCAUCAACCUGGCCUUCCUGGAGGUUCUCAGUGAAUUCUCCUCCAAGCUGAUCCGUCAGGACAAGAAGACGGUCCACUCGUACCUGGAGAAGUUCAUGUCAGAGUCGAUGUCGGAGCGCCGGGAAGACGUGUGGCUGCCGCUGAUCUCCUACAGGAACAGCUUGCUGACAGGUGGAGACGAGGACCACAUGUCCAUGACGUCCGGCUCCAGCAGCAAGGCCGGCUCGGUCCGCAGCAAGAAAGGACGGCCGCCGCUGCACAAGAAACGCAUCGAGGAGGAGAGCAGCGUGGAAGGCUCCUGGAUGAUGAGAAACGACACCCUCCAAACACCGGGGGCGCUGCAGACCCCUCAGCUCACCUCUACGGUCCUCAGAGAGAACAGACCAGCAGAACACAUGCCUGACCACGACUCUGAGCCGGGCUCAGAGAACGACUACGUGCACAAUCCUCAGAUGCAGAUGUCGUGGCUCGGCCAGCAGAAGAUGGAGGAGGUGAGCAGGAAGGACCGAACGAGCAUGAACUACAUCAAGUCGCGGAGCAACCAGGGCGUCCGGCAGACUGUGCGCGGGCUGAUGGAGGACGACGCCGAGCCCAUCUUCGAAGACGUGAUGAUGUCAUCGCGAGGGCAGCUAGAGGACAUGAACGAGGAGUUUGAAGAUACGAUGGUGAUCGAUCUGCCGCCGUCGAGGAACAGACGUGAACGAGCCGAGCUAAGACCGGACUUCUUUGACUCUGCAGCAAUGAUCGAAGAUGAGUCGGGGUUCAGCAUGCCCAUGUUCUGAUCUGGAAGGAGUGAAGUUCAUGAGAUCUGCAUCCAAACCGGGAGGAGAGCAAACUGAGACUUGGGGUGGGGUUUAGGAUGUCCGAUCGAAUCACCUGUCAAUCAAACUGUAAAGAAGAAGAAAACCGUUGUGUUUUUGUGCGACACAGUGGAAGGAUGUGACCUGACGUGAGCUGGAAGGGUCCCCCCCCCCCGCAGGCCCGAGGUUCCAGAGUCUGAAUUAUUCAAGAGCUUCGUCCUGCUCCCGUUCUUCCUCCUCCUCCUCUGCAGCCUGUCGCUUUGAGCUGGUCGUGGGUCCGACGGCGGCUCAGCGAGGCCGUGAGCGGUUCAUCCGGUUCCGCCUCAGCCCUGGAACAGAGCGCCAUGACACUCUGUACAGCCCCGCCCCCUUCUUUUGAUGUUGCACUUCUAGUUAAAUCCGACCCGGAGAGAACGUCCAUUACCCAACUGUUCUCUGCUCCCGUUAGCGCCCACUGCUCUCUCUUUUCUCUGUUCUGUUGUACGUGGUGGUGUGAUGUGCUCGUAAAGUGAUGAUGAUGAUGGUGGCACUGGCACACCCACACACAUUCACAGCUGUCGGCCAACCUGAAAGGAAGCGAUGUAACUWGUAUGUCCCAAUAGAGGCGCGUCUGACUGAUCAUGGAGAGAAAGCAGAAACCCUCCCGCUCACACACUCCAAACAGCUUUUUGAAGUUACAAAAAAAAAAAGUUUUAAAAAAGAUGAAACAUAUUUUCAAUUCUGUAGCUUUAGUACUAAAGUUUUAAAUCAAGUUGUGUUUUGGUUUUUGUCCGAUGUCUGUACAGUUUUAUUUCCUGGAUAAUGUAUGAUGUUUGUUGCCAAACUGUGGCCUACAUAAAGUAUAUUUCAGCACCCCCUCCCCUCCCCCCACUCACCUGUAACUCAUAUCAGAGGGUGAAGAAGAAAACCAGCUUCUCUGCGCUGUAUGACCUGAUUGUAAUCAUUACACAUUGAAGUAUUAGUGCAGAUGAUCUGUGCCGUUAGGAUCGAGUCAUUACGUACAUUUUUUCUGUUUUUUUGUUUUUGUUUUUGCACCUGUGAGCAGUGUUACAGAUCCAAGGUUUGUUCCUCACAUCCAGUUCUGUGAUGGGUCUUUUUCGUCUGGCAGAUGU